UUAAAACUAGACUCCAUUUGAAAUGAUUAACUUUUUAGUAAUGCGAUAUGUUGUUCUCAGAUGCUCACCAUACACAAUAGAUAGUCUAAUACUGGGAGUGUAAUGUUCAGCACUAACUAAGAAAAGAGUUUUGUAUGGCCAUAUAUCUAGAUUUGUUCCUCGUCAUAAGUGAAUACAUAUAUCCUUUAAUAUGAUUCUCAUUUAAUUGAUUCCGUUUUGAAGAUAGUUAUUUCAUUCAUGUAUAAGAUUCCUCAUCCGUAUAUAUACACACGAGGAAUUUCAGACUUCAUAUUAUGGGCAUUAUCCUUACCACUGACUUGACACUCCACGAGUUCGUCGACUUUAUCAGAAAAUGACCAAUUCAAUAAGUUGUUCAGAACGAUUGACUUAUACGUGUAUUAUGAUCAGUUUACACUACAAUAGACUAGUAUUAAGUUGUCCAUCAUCUUGACUAUAUCUUCGCUUAAGGAGAUGUUUUGAUAAUUAAAUAAGACAUCUUACCGUUGUUUCGAUCAUGAAUUCUCUCUCUCUUUAUCUUUCUGAUUUGUUUAAUCUUCAUUCUCAUCUUUCAGUUCAAAUCAAAAUGUCAUCUAAUCCAAGUCAAAAAUCAUCAAAAUUAACAAAAUCCAGUUUUAAAGGAUUAUCUCGAUCAAAAAAGCAUAAAAAAAGUAGAAAAGAUAAAGAAAAAAUUGAAGAAGAAGAACAUGGACAAGAACAAAAAACAGAAAAAACAAAUCAACUUAAUAUUUUAGAUAAUUCACCUAAAACAUUAAAUAUAAUUCAAGAUUCAUUACAUAAUCAAUCAAUGGAAAAGAACUCUUCAUUGAAUGGGGUAAAUUCUAUCGAUUUACAACAGACUACUAAUACUACUACUAAUAAUAACUGCGUAAACAAUGAGAUAGUUACUAAUUCUAUUACUGGAGUUACUAUUUCAUCGACUACGUAUGAAAAUAUUCUCAAUAAUAAUAAAUCAAAACAGAAAAUUAAAAAGAAAGAGGAGAAACAAUUAAAAUGUACUACUACUAAUACUACUGAUUCAAUGGACAUAGUUUCUCAAUCAAAUUUACAUUAUUCUAAUUCACUUAAAAAUAAAAAGAAACGUGGCCUAAAAUUGCAUUCACAUAAUAAAUCAAUAAAAAAAGAACAAACAAAAACUGUGAAUAAAACCAUUUUUGGAAUGCCUUUAGAUAUAGCCUGUAACAGAAAUCCUAGUCAUGAUGGAAUCGUUCUGCCAGCGUUUUUUCGUCAUUGUAUCGAUUAUAUUGAACAGUAUGGUUUAAGUUCUGAAGGAAUUUAUCGUGUACCAGGUGUACAUUCACAAGUACAAGCAGUCAUUUCUGCAAUCGAUAAUGGUAUAGAAUUUCCAGAUAUUCCGCCGACAUCAGCUGCAUUUUAUUGUAAUCAAGCUAGCUAUACUAAACAACGUUCUAGUCAUUUUCAAAUUGGAUCCGAUUCUAUUUCUAAGGGAAAAAUACGACAUCUAAGUUCAUCUCAUUCUAAAUUAAAAGAUCAAAAUUCUCAAUUAUCUCAUAAAACUUCAGAUCAUCGUAGCAGAAAUAUUCCCACACCGACUAAUUUUAUUACAGGAGCAUUUUGUGUAAAAAAUUCCAAUUCAGGAUUAUUUAAUAGUAGUAAUUCACCAGUGAAACAAACUUCAACUCUAUUACCAUAUAGUAAUAAUAAUAAUAAUAAUAAUAGUACAAGUCCACAAACAACAGGAAUCACUAUCCUACCACAUGAUCCAGCUGUUAUUGCCAGUGUUGUCAAACAUUUUCUACGUAGUUUACCUGAAUCUAUUUUAACUAAACGUUUAAGUAAUGUUAUUGAAUCAUUCACUACAGAUAAUAAUGUACAAUUCUAUCAUAAUUUAUCGGUUUUAAUCCAUCAAGAAUUACCUAUAUCAAAUCGUUAUUUAUUAGCAUGGAUUAUACAACAUAUGAUGCAUAUUAUUGAUAGAUCUGGUGAAAAUCGUAUGACAUUAGCGAAUAUUAUUAUUGUUUUGUCACCAUGUUUAGGCAUAAGUCAUCGUUUAUUGGGUAUAUUAUUAAAUUCUAUACCACCUAAAGAUUUUUCUUUGGAUCUAUGUAAAUUAGAUCCUAAAUUGCCUACAUUCAUGACAAAUAAUAUUGAUUCGAGUACUUGGCAUUGGUUAUUUCCUCAUCCAAUUUACCUAUUAAAAUCUUAUAUACCUCCAUUGAAAUCAUUAUAUGGAUUAGAUUUGCCUGAUACUAAUGAGGAAUUAGAUAUGGAAUUGAAGAAACAAGAAUCGUUGCUUACUUAUUUAUGUGAACAAAUUCAACUGGAUGGUGAUGAAGGGAAUUCCGGUAAAGAAACUAAUUUACGUAAUGUACAGCGUAUAAUGACAGAAUUAAAACGACGUAAAACUCUAACAGAUCCUGAAGCUAUUCGACAAGAAAUAAUUAAACAACAAGCAUACUUAGAUCGAUUACAUAAUUUAAUAAUACAGAGUAUAUCAAUACCAACUACUACUAUGAAUUCUGCUACUACUACUACUGUCCCUGUUAGUGGUGAUGGAUGCUCAGGUACAUCGAGUGGAUCCAAAGAUAAUUGUAAUCAACGUCGAAGAAUAACUGGAACUGACAAAUACUCAAAAGGUCAUCGUCAACAUUCAACAACCUUUGAGAAGAUUCCUUAUUCUGAUGAACUAUGGGAAGUUCAACGUGAAAUAACAACGCUUAAACGCAAGUUAAAACAACAUGAAAGGUCGAAAGCAUUACAACAAAAUCAACAAUCAUCACCAGAUAUAACAACAGCAACGUCCACAUCAUCAUCAUCGUUAGCAGGAACAAAUGAGUUAAAAUCAAAUUAUCCUUGUGUUAUGUUUAUGUCUGGUUCUCCAUUAGUUAUACCGUCCGUUUCAGAAUUAGAUCAAGAGGAAGUUCUUAAUUUAACGUUGAGAAAAUUACCACCAAUUGAACCAAUUACUUCAAUAACACAAUUAUUAGUACCUACAACUAGUAAUAGUUGUUCAGAACAAUCAAUCAAUAAUGUUAAUAACGGUGAUAAGACAGAAUUUAUGGAACAAAUUUCAUCAUCAACAGUAGUAACAUCAUUGGAAACAAUAACUACUACUACUACUACAAUUGGGACAGUGGCUACAAAUGAUUGUAUACAUCAUCAAGAAGAUAACCAUCAUAUUGAUAAUCAUGUUAGUGAAGGUGAAGGUGGCAGCGGUGCUAAUAAUAUCAGCCAUAAUACAUUAAAUGUAAAUAAUAUUGUACAAGAUGAAAAUAAUCACCAAGAUCAAGGAUAUUUAAAAGAUAGCACUACUAUUGCUACUACAAUGAAUACAGAUAAUAGGAAUAACGAUAAUCAUAUGAAUGAUAAAUUCAUGUAUGAACAAGUUAUGACUGUGAAAUCUAGUCAGAUGCCUAAUAUGGAUAAUCAAGUCAUUGAACAAGAAACCAAAUCUGUGGAUACUGCACAUUCACCUUCAGACCCAACUCCUACAGAAAUUAAUAACAAAACUAUUCCUAAUGCGUACACUCAGAAUAUAUUAAUCUCCACGAAUACUAAUGAUAAUACUGAUAAUAUUGUAUUAUAUCCUUAUGAAACAAUUUCGACUGUUGAUAACUCAACUUAUUCUGUGAGUUAUUCACCUUCACUUCCACCACCAUCGGAUUUAGCGCCAAAAUUAUCAGAAUUUAUUAAAACUUCUACAGUCGAUAUAAAUGAUUCGAAAUCACGUCAAAUUAUGUAUUAUAAAGCACGUAAACAAGAAUUGAUCGCAAUACAAACGGAUUUACGUGCAAGAAUUCGUUCGGAAAAUGCAGAAAUUAGUCGACUACAGUCAUGUAUAAAUCACCUUCUAGAAUCUGGAGGUAGACGAGCUAAACGAAUAUAUCGUACCUAUAUGACGGCAAAACAUCUUUGUCCAGCUUGGUUGUUAAAUCAAAAUCCCAUUCUUUCAACACCACGACAUACUUUAAGUAAUGAGGAUCAAAUGAAUUAUUAUGUAUCACAACCAUGGACUAAAAUAGCUGAAAGUUUAACAACUGUAAUCAAUGACAAUGUUCUCGAUGAUGAUGACGACGAUCAUACUACUGCUACUACUCAAUACAGUAGUAUUAAUAAUCAAAAGGAAAAAUGUUUACUCGAUGAAUAUUCAAGUGAUUCUGAUCGUCACCACCGUCAUCUUCAUUCUACUAAUGAUGAUAAUGAUGAUGGCGAUUCGUUGGAAGAACCAAUUUUGACGAAUAGAUGUUCUUCGCCCGAUUCAGUCGCUUAUUCACGACUAACUGAAGAAGAAAACGAUAUAAAUUCUGUACAAAAUGUACAACUAACAAAACAUGAACAAAACAAUGAUGAUGAUGAUGAUGAUGAUGACGACGACGAUGAAGAAGAAGAAGAGUAUGAUGAUGAUGAUGAAGAUGAAUGUGAGCUAGAGUUAGCUACAACAUUACAUCAACUUACAUUAGACAAUGCUCGUUUAGAACAACUCAAUGCUCGUUCGUUAGAAGCUAUACAAGCUGAACGAAAUCGCUGCGCUGAUUUAAAAGUUUUGCUCAAACUUCGUCAUAAUUCCUGCAAUAAACCAAUAGGCACUAUUUAA